AUGUUACGUUUAACUCCUUGUUUUAUUCGACAAUCAUCAUUAUUUAUAACACGUCUUGCUAGUCGUUCAUCAAAUUCUCAUUCACAUGAUGAACCUCGUGUUCGUCUUCAUCCAGGAAAUCAACAAACAAUUGAAGAAAGAGCUCAGGGUAUUUCUGGAGAACGUAAACGUGAAAUUGAACAAUUAUAUGAAUUUGAAAAACUUGAAAUUAAUAAUCAACCUUCAACACGUGAUGAAUAUCGACAUAAUAUCAAUCGUGGAAAAAAAGGUGUAUUUGAUUUAGAAGAUAUUCUUCAAAUACUACGUGAUGAACGUAUGAGAGAUAUAUGUGUUAUUGAAAUUCCACCUGAACAACAAUAUGCUCAUUAUUUAAUCAUAGCUACAGCUUUUAGUGCUCGUCAUUUAAAAAAUACAAGUGAAUAUAUAAAUAAAUUAUAUAAAGCUAAAAAGAAAUCAAAUGAUCCUUAUUUAAGUAGUGAUUGCCGAGAUGGUACAAGAUGGCAUGCAAUGGAUAUGGGUCAUCUUGUUUUACAUUUAAUGGAUGUUGAAAUGCGUGAACAAAAUGAUCUUGAAACAUUAUGGUGUGUUGGUCCUAAAUAUGAUGAUCAAGUAUAUACAAUUCAACAAUCAUUAGAUGCUAUUAGAAAAAUGGAUGAACAAUUAAAAGAAGAAGAAGUCUUAACAGUUGCUGAUAAAUAUGGUCCACUUGAUAAUCCAUUUUCACAUGUUCGUUAUCCUCUUGAAGGACCUGGUGUAUUUCAAGAACCACCACCACGAAAAGAAAUGACAUUAGGAAAUGUUGCACAUAAAAAACAUGAAGAAGAACGAAUAAAUCCUGAAGUAGAAAAAGAAUUUAUUGAUCUACCAAGUGAUCCAAAACCACCAGUAUACAAAGGACAAAAAGUUAAUUGA